AUGGAUAAAUUUGAUUUUUUUGCUGCUAUUCCUUCUAUUCCUUCUAAUAUUUCAAUUCCCACAAUCCCAUCAAUACCGGGAAUACAAUCAAUACCAGGUCUAAAUACUUUAACUAGGAAAUCUAUAUCAGCAACAAAAAAUGACGAUUUAUCAAUAUUAUUGGCGCAAAAACAAAAAUCUAUAUUACCACCUGAUAUACUGAUUCGCAUAUUGAAACAUUUACCAAUAACUUCUCUCCCGAAUUUUGCACUUGUUUCACGUCGAUUCAAAGUGUUGGUUUAUGAUGAUGAAUUAUGGGAACAACAUUUGAAAACCUUGGGUGCUUGGAAUAAUUAUAAUAAAAUUGUUGUUGAUGGUAUAAUGAAAUUAAUUCCAUACUAUAUCGACUUUAGACAUAAAAGAAAAGAUAGUAGAUUGUUUAAAGAGUAUUUUGAUCAAAGAAAUCAAGCUAAAAUGUUGGCUAAGAUAAAUAAUUUUGGUAAAAUAAAUAUCACUUCAGAUUCUGAUAAGAUUAAUAGUGCAUUGGAAACUGUAAUCGAAUAUUUUGAAAAUUCAGCUUUACAUCAUUUUGAGUUAGCAUAUGAUUCUCACAAUAUAUCAGAAAUGCAGAAAUGGGCUCAUAUUUUAUUGGAUUUGAAUGGAGGAAAUUCUUGUAUUCAAGUAUUUAUACAAAAGAAUUCAAUAUUUUUUGAUCACCUAUAUAAUCCAGAAGAAAAUUUCAUAAACAUAUCCUCGUCAUCGCCACCAAAAUCACCAACAACAUUAUCAACAACGUCAGAUUUAUCAUAUCAACCAUUGAAAGAAUUUUUCAUUUAUAUAGAAGAAGAAUUAAAACGACAAGCAACUUUAAUUGGACAAGUUUUUCCACAUGAUGCUGAUGUCUUCUUCACUUUUACGGAACGUGUUGUUGAAGAUGUUAUCUCAGAAUAUAUAUCAACAUUUUUAAAAUUAUCGCACGAUCAUGACAUUUUAUUAUAUUUGAAAAGUGUAGUGACAGCAUACAAUCGUUGUUUACAUGUUUGCAAGUUAAUUUGGCGAGAUAUAAAACCUGGAUUAAGUAAAAUAAGAGCAGAGGAUUUGAUAUUUCAAAUGUUUGAAUCAUUUAUGGGCUCGUAUUUGGAACAAGAAUUAAAUUAUGUUGAGAAACAGAGUGACGACGAAAUUGAAAAAUGGAAUCAAAAGUUGAAUCAAUCCGUUGAUGCACAACAGCAAACACUUGUUGAUAAUUCAAAUAGAGAAGUCUACAAACAUUCUUUAAGAAGAGUUGGUGGAUUUAUUGAAUAUCCUGAUAAAAUGGUAGAAUUUUUUGAAUUGGUUCAUAUUGCUGAUUUAAUACAACAAAUGGUUCAAGUAUAUUAUGAUGAAGAAAUGGCGAAUAAUAAAUAUGUUAACAAAGCAGAUUUCUUAAAUAUUUGUAAUAAAGAAAAGAAAAUUUUCGAGAAAAUUUUAGAUGAUUGUGUAGCUUCUGGUUUAAAUAAAGGUAUUCAGGUAUUAAUUGAUCAAGUAGAAUUUAUAUUAAUCACAGAACAAUUGCCUGAAAAUUUUAGACCAAUUGAUACACUGUUAGAUUUAAAACCUACUAAAGCAUGUUUAGAUGCAGUUGAGUGUUUAUCCACAUAUACUAAAUUAGUUUUGGGUUGUACGGAUAAAAAUACACUAGAUGUGUUUUUUCAAGAAAUUGGAUUAAGACUGUUUGGAAUCUUGAUAAAACACUUAAAAAAAUAUACUGUAAAUCUAAAUGGUGGAUUUCAAGUAAUAAGACAACCAAACAUUACACCAUAUUUUCUUGCAUUAAAAGAAUUAGGUAACAUUUACAUUAUAUCAACAGCUAAAGAUAUUGGAUUAUUUAUUAGAGAGGCUGAGAGAUUCAAGGGUGUUUUACAUGCUGAAGAUGUUUACGAAUUUGUUCAGAAAAGGGAGGAUUGGUUGAUAAUAAAGAAAGAGGUUGAUAAAGAAUUAUACGGUUUGAAAGCUGAAGAUUGUAUUAUUAUGUAA